CUAUGACCUUAAAAGUAAUGAAUGUAUUUGCAACGUGUGGCACGAGGGCGAAGCCAAACGAGGAGCCAUCGAGAUCGGGACGUCAGUGUUUAAAUAUAUUGAAAAAGUAGCUAACUGGAAAAAUAGGAAGAUAUAAGUUUUGUCUUCUACACAGACAAUUGCGGAGGUCAGCAGAAAAACAAAUACAUGUUAAUGAUGUACAUGUAUUGCCUCUGCGUCUUUGACAACAUAAAAACGAUUGAGCAUACAUUUUUGAUUAAGGGGCAUACCCAAAAUGAAGGGGACAACGCACACUCGAUAAUCGAAAAAGAAAUUAGAAGAAGUUUAAAAUCGGGCGGCAUUUAUGUCCCUUCUCAGUAUUUUCAAAUCAUGAGAACAGAAAAAAGAGCACUCCAUACUUUGAGGUCAACGAAAUGAGCCAUCAACAUUUUAUUAACUUCAAAGCUCUUGAAAAUGAGCUUGGUGACAAUUUUAAGAAAAACGAAAAAAACGAGAACUUACCAUUUUCUGAUAUCAAGGUUUUAAAAUUUUCGCAAGAUAACCCCUUCAAAUUUUUGUAUAAAACAUCCUACCUCGCUGAUGAUUUUGAAGAAAUAGAUAUAUAUAAAAACCAAGUUCAAAAAAAUACAAGAACAUCGGUCAUUGCCUUGUCUGUGCAGGAAAGGAAAGAAAAAAUUAAAAAUUGGACCGUAAAGAAAGCAUACAAUGCGCCCAACCCCAUAGCUCCAAACAAAAAAAGAGAUCUCAUGUACUUGGUGGACAAUAACUAUGUUAAAAGAACCUACUACGAAUUUUAUAAUAGUCUUAGGGUAUAAGACAAAAUCUGUGAUUAUUUUCAAGAAUGCAUCGCUAUCUUUAGGA